UGUUUCUCUCACUUUUCGUCAUAAAUCUUGCCUGUAUAUUCGCAGAGAUUCUAAACUCUCCCAUCUCUAUCUUCUUCUCCUUCUUUUUCGUCCGUAAAUGGCGACGGCCGUCUUUACAAACCCUAAAUUCUCUCCCACCAUUACCACCACCUCCUCCUCCUCCACCGCUAAGAACCACCAUUACCACGGAGUUCAUCAUUUUCUCCACACCAGAAUUUACACUCCCCAUUCCGCCUCUCUUAACCUCACCAAUCCCCGGAGGAGGAGGCACAACUCCGACUGCUUGGUUUUCUGCCAGAGCUCCGACGGGCAACCGCCGGCGACCGGCCGAAGACGGCGGUCGGAGUAUGUCCCGAACCGGAUUUCCGACCCUUACUACGUCCGCAUCUUUGACACGACUCUUCGCGACGGCGAGCAGUCGCCGGGGGCGUCGCUGACCUCGAAGGAGAAGCUCGACAUCGCGAGGCAGCUGGCGAAGCUCGGCGUCGACAUUAUCGAGGCCGGAUUCCCCGCCGCCUCGAAGGACGACUUUGAGGCCGUGAAGACGAUCGCGAAGGAGGUUGGCAACGCCGUCGAUAAGGACGGUUACGUUCCGGUCAUCUGCGGCCUCUCGAGGUGCAAUGAGAACGAUAUCAGGACGGCUUGGGAGGCCGUCAAGUACGCCAAGAGACCUAGGAUACACACUUUUAUUGCUACGAGUCCAAUUCACAUGGAGUACAAACUGAGGAAGAGUAAAGAGCAGGUGAUUGAGAUUGCGAGGAAUAUGGUGAAGUUUGCCCGGAGUUUGGGAUGUGAGGAUGUUGAGUUUAGCCCUGAAGAUGCUGGGAGGUCUGAUAGGGAAUUCUUGUAUCGAAUUUUGGGGGAAGUUAUAAAAGCUGGAGCAACAACUCUGAACAUACCUGAUACUGUGGGUUACACUGUGCCGGAAGAAUUUGGAAAAUUGAUCGCUGACAUCAAAGCCAAUACCUUUGGAAUUGAGAAUGUCAUAAUAUCAACACACUGCCAAAAUGAUCUUGGACUUUCAACUGCCAACACAAUAGCGGGGGCAUGCGCAGGUGCAAGACAGUUGGAAGUAACAAUCAAUGGUAUUGGUGAAAGAGCUGGGAAUGCAUCGUUAGAAGAGGUUGUAAUGACAUUGAAAUGUCGUGGUGAGCGUGAAUUGGGGGGGCUUCACACUAGAAUCAACACCAAACACAUUAUGAUGACGAGCAAGAUGGUUGAAGACUAUACAGGAUUGCAUGUGCAGCCACACAAAGCUAUCGUUGGAGCCAAUGCUUUCGCACAUGAAAGUGGCAUUCAUCAGGAUGGGAUGCUUAAGCACAAAGGUACUUAUGAAAUCAUAGCCCCUGAAGAUAUUGGAUUAGAACGAAUCAAUGAAGCUGGUAUUGUCCUCGGAAAACUUAGUGGGCGUCAUGCAUUGAAGCGACGACUUGAGGAGCUGGGUUAUGAGCUUGAUGAUGAGCAACUUGGGAGUAUAUUCUGGCGUUUCAAAGCUGUUGCUGAUCAAAAGAAGAGGGUAACUGAUGCCGACCUUAGAGCAUUGGUUACGGAUGAAGUUUUUCAGCCAGAAGUGGUUUGGAAGUUGGUUGAUCUGCAGGUCACAUGUGGAACUCUUGGUCUUUCAACCGCAACUGUUAAACUUGUUGAUGCAGAUGGGAAAGACUAUGUUGCUUGUUCAGUAGGAACAGGUCCGGUGGAUUCAGCUUACAAAGCUGUUGAUCUAAUUGUAAAGGAACCUGUGACACUCCUUGAGUACUCCAUGAUUGCUGUCACAGAAGGCAUCGAUGCAAUUGCCACCACCCGUGUCCUAAUCCGAGGAGAAAACGCUUGCUCACCUACUCACGCUUCAACCGGAGAAUCGGUUUCUCGGACAUUUAGUGGGAACGGGGCAGGAAUGGACAUUGUUGUUUCAAGUGUCAAGGCCUAUAUUGGAGCAUUGAACAAGAUGCUAGGUUUCAAAGAUAGGGACUCCACAAAGGCCUCUGAAGAAAGAAUCCCUGUGUCUAUGUAAAGAGACGAAGGAACUCGGUGCAAGUCAUGGACCAUCCAAUGAUUACUCUGCGAAUUCACUUUUUGUGCAAAGGUUUGAAAAGAAUUAGGGACGAUACUCCUUUAGUUGAUUUGUUAUGUACCGCGAUAGAACUGCUGUUAUUAUCAACUAUGACCCUGUUCCUUGUAUUGCAUUCUGUUUUUUUACCCUGUUUAAUAGACAUGUUUGUUUCUGA